AAUAAUCCAAUCAUGUGUUAUAGUCGUUGGUUUGAUGAUAACCACCAAUACUUUGAAGCUUAUCUUGCUCUUCCCUUGCUUUCUAUAUAAAUGGCCAAGGCACAAAGGGAAUUUUGUGGAGAUCAUUUGAGGAAUUGAGGAGGAACCUUCACAACUUUCUUUUGGGUAUUUUGCUAAGGUUACGUUUACGAAUUUGAGAUCAUUUGAUCCCUUUUUGAUAGAAUAGUUUGAUUCAUAAGAGGCAAGAUUGACUGAAGUAUCCGAAGACCUAUUUCUGCCUACAAAUAUCUAUCUACUAAAUCACAUGGGGAUAUGCUAUUCAUUUAUGUUGAAGUAUGGUUGGCACUCUGAAAUUGGGUGGAAGUUGGGCUUCAAGGGGACCCUUAGAAAUUUGGUGAAAUGACAUUCCAGGGCCUGGAACGUGUCAAGAGGAAGGAGCACAGAAUCAGGGAUUUGAAAACAACUGUUGCGUGCCUCUAUAAAAGGAGAUGAGUGUUUUUUGUUUCCAUGCAAAUCUCCCAGAGGUUUCAACUUCAACGUGUGGUGUUGGGCAUGCACUCCCAUUCUCCUUCCACUAGUGUUUAUCCUGUCACUGUCCCUACGUCAGAGCCUGAGCAGCCCAGAGCCUGAUUCUCUGGGACAAGAUACAAGAUAAAGAGGCCAGGAGUACGAAAAGAGGGACAAGAAAAAGAGGAGGAAGAAGAAAUGGAGAAUGGAACAAAUAAAUGGGGUUUUGAGGACGCUGAGAACGGGCCUGAUACAACAACUACAAUCACCAUCAAAGGCCUUAUCAGCCUGUUGAUGGCCAACAUUGAUGAGGGCAACAACAAGAGACUCAUCUCUCUGGGUAUGGGUGACCCUUCAGUCUACACUUGCUUCCACACCAGCCAUGUUGCCACAGAAUCUGUUGUUGAUGCUGUUGAAUCCAACAAGUACAAUGGCUAUGCCCCAACUUCGGGUCUUCCUCAAGCAAGAAAGGCAAUUGCUGAAUAUCUGUCUCGGGAUCUUCCAUAUAAGUUAUCGCUUGAUGAUGUUUUUAUCACAUCUGGCUGCACACAAGCUAUUGAUGUUGCAUUGUCAAUUCUUGCUCGUCCUGGUGCAAAUAUCUUGAUUCCAAAUCCAGGUUUCCCAAUUUAUCAACUUUCUGCUUCUUUUAGAGGUCUAGAAGUUCGUUACUAUGAUCUUCUCCCUGAGAAGGGGUGGGAAGCUGAUCUUGAUGCUAUCAAAGCCCUUGCUGAUCAGAAUACUGUCGCAUUGGUAAUUAUAAACCCCAACAAUCCUUGCGGGAGUGUAUAUUCUUAUCAACAUUUGAAGAAGACUGCAGAAACUGCAAGGAAGCUCAGCAUUCCUGUCAUUGCUGAUGAAGUCUAUGGGCACCUUGCUUUUGGGGGUAACCCAUUUGUGCCAAUGGGAGUUUUUGGAUCGAUUGUUCCAGUUCUUACUCUUGGAUCUCUAUCAAAGAGAUGGAUAGUUCCUGGUUGGCGCCUGGGUUGGUUUGUGAUAACUGAUCCCAGCUGCUUGUUCAUUACUCCCAAGAUUGUUGAGCGCUUGAAGAAGUAUUUUGAUAUUUUAGGAGGUCCUGCAACAUUCAUUCAGGCUGCAGUCCCUCGUAUCAUGGAGCAAACUGAUGGGACUUUCUUUAAGAAAACCAUCAACAUACUAAAGCAGGCCUCGGAUAUUUGUUUGGAAAAGAUCCAGGAGAUCCCUUGCAUUACUUGCCCACAUAAACCAGAGGGAUCCAUGGCUGUAAUGGUGAAGCUGAACCUUUCACUACUGGAAGAUAUUAAUGAUGAUAUUGACUUCUGUUUCAAGCUGGCCAAAGAGGAAUCGGUGAUCAUUCUUCCAGGAGUUGCAGUGGGACUGAAGAAUUGGCUUCGCAUUACCUUUGCUGCUGAUCCAUCCUUUCUUGAAGAAGGUUUAGAGAGGAUAAAAUCUUUCUACCAUAGGCACAGUAAUAUACAACAUAGCAACUAAAAAUCAAGUCAUCCAACAGCAGUGACCUACAACAUCGUCUUGGAUUUUUGUUCUUCUGUAUAGUUCUUGUAAAUGACGCAUUGAAUAAUUCUUUGCUACAAUUCUAUUUGUGAUGGUAGUAAUAAUUCCUUAACAAAUAAAUAUUUGGACCUUCAGAGCU